CUCGCUGCUCACACGCACAUGCCUCCCCUCCCCAGGCCGAGGCCCAGCUGACCCCCAGGGCUCCCCCCCGGCAGCGGACAGGGAAGGGUUAAAGGCCCCCAGCUCCCUGCCCCCUGCCCUGGGGAAUCCCUGCCCUGUGGGGACAUGAACAGUGUUUGCUGCCUGGUCCUGGUCGCUCUGAGCCUGUGGCCGGAUAGAGCUGCUGCCCCGGGGCCACCGCCGGGCCCCCCACGGGCCUCCCCAGACCCUCGGGCCGAGCUGGACAGCGCCGUCCUCCUGACCCGCUCUCUCCUGGCGGACACUCGACAGCUUGCUGCGCAGCUGAGAGACAAAUUUCCAGCCGACGGGGACCACAACCUGGACUCUCUUCCCACCUUGGCCAUGAGUGCAGGGGCGCUGGGAGCCCUACAGCUCCCAGGUGUGCUGACGCGGCUGCGGGCAGACCUGUUCUCCUACCUGCGGCACGUGCAGUGGCUGCGGCGGGCGGGCGGCCCUUCCUUGCGGACCCUGGAGCCGGAGCUGGGUGCCCUGCAGGCCCGGCUGGACAGACUGCUGCGCCGGCUGCAGCUCCUGAUGUCCCGCCUGGCCUUACCCCAAGCACCCCCAGACCCACCAGCUCCCCCACUGGCCCCCCCAGCCUCCGCCUGGGGAGGCAUCAGGGCAGCCCACGCCAUUCUUGGGGGGUUGCACCUGACCCUUGACUGGGCCGUGCGGGGCUUGCUGCUGCUGAAGACUCGGUUGUGACCAGCUACACAGAACCGCCAACGUCCUUCGAUGCCACAUCUUAUUUAUUUAUUUAUUUGGGGACUAGGGGCAUGGAGGUCAGGAGAUACCCCCCUCUUCUUCUCCCCCUAAUUAGAGACGGUCCCUCCAGGAGACCUGGGCAGAAGAGGGGGGGCAUCUGUGCCUUAUUUAUACUUAUUUAUUUAAGGGCGUGGGUGGGAGGUGGGUGGGCUUGGGGACCAAAGGGUGAGGGAACUGGAGUCCUGGAUUCUUGAAUCUCUAAGACGUCUGGCCACAGUGUUUCCCUGUUCCCCACGCCUCUGGGCCUAGGCAGGAGCAUAUAUUAUUUAUUAAACAAUUACUUUUCGUGUUGGGGUGGGGAGGGAAGGGAAAAGAGGCCUGGGUUUUUGUACAAAAUGCAAGAAACUUUUGUACGAUACAGAAGGGGGAAUUAAAUUUGUCAUACACAUCCACUUAGAGGUGAUUUCUCUGAGGGCUGGGGGCUGGGGUCCCUGGAGUAGAGGGAGGCAGGGACCCUUAGUGGGCAGGACAGCAGAGGGGAGAUGGUUGGUCCUCCAGGGCAGGGUCUGAGCCUCAUCUGGUGCACAGCACUUCAUAGACUCUCAAUAAAUAUUUAAUAGAAGGUUCCAGAA